AAAAAAAAAAAAUGGGUAAAUGGACAGAUAAAUUAUAUAUUACACAUUCUGAAUGGAGUGGAGAAGUUGGACAACAUUCAGCUGCCUCAGGUAUUACUGGGAAGAGGACUUCAGAAGGCUUCAAACGCUUACCGUUUUAUUGUUGUUCACUUUCACUUCAACCAUUUGAACAUCCUGUUUGUACAUCUGAGGGUAUCAUUUUCGACUUGGUACAUAUUAUCCCUUACAUUAAAAAAUAUGGCACUAAUCCUGUUACUGGUGAAAAACUCGAGAUGAAGAACUUGAUCAAGCUCAACUUUUCCAAAAACGACAAAGAUGAGUAUUAUUGCCCAGUUACCUUUAAAGUCUUUACAGAUCAUACAGCCAUUGCAGCUAUCAAAACAACAGGCAAUGUAUAUGCAUAUGAUACAAUUGAAAAGUUAAAUAUUAAAACUAAACAUUGGAAAGAUUUGAUGACUGAUGAGCCAUUUACCAAAAAGGACAUUAUUAUGCUUCAGGAUCCACAUAAUUUAGAAAACAAAGACAUGUCCAAAUUUGAUUACUUGAAAACGAAUAAAAAAGUAAUUAAUGUAGCAGAAGAAAUUGAAAGAAGAAAACCAACGCAUAACAUAAAUGUGGCGGGUAUGGGCAAUACAAAAAAAGUCUUUGACGAAUUAGCAGCAAAAGAAACAAAGGAAGUGUCCAAAAAGGAUAAUAAAGUGCCAGUCUCAUUUCACCAAAAGAAAGAGAGUUUGCCUUAUAAUGCAGCACAUUAUACAACAGGUGAAGCAGCAGAGUCGUUCACAUCUACUGCCAUGAGUGCAUAUACCCAAGCGACGCGAGCCUUAAUCGAUGAAGAAGAAUUCAUGUAUAAACGUAUCAAAUCAAAAUCUUAUGUAAGAAUUGUCACCAACUUUGGAAACAUCAACUUGGAAUUAUUUAGUGAUAGAGUACCACGUACAUGUCAUAAUUUUGUUCAACUUGCUAAAAGUAAUUAUUAUGAUGGAGUUAAAUUUCAUAGAAACAUUAAGGGCUUUAUGAUUCAAGGUGGUGAUCCUACAGGUACUGGUAGGGGAGGCGAGUCAUUCUGGAAAAGAGAUUUUCCUGACGAAAUUAAGACAACGUUAACACAUAAUGCUCGUGGUAUCCUCAGUAUGGCUAAUAAAGGAAAGGACACCAACAGUUCACAAUUUUUUAUAACAUAUGCAGCUGCACCACAUUUAGAUGGAAAACAUACAGUCUUUGGUAAAGUUGUUGGUGGUAUGGACGUUUUAAAAAUUCUAGAAACAAUUCCAGUUGAUGAACGAGACCGUCCAGAAAGAGAAAUUAUUAUGAAACAAGUACAAGUAUUUGUAGAUCCAUUUGAGGAGUAUCAAACUAGAUUAAAAAAGAAACUUGCUCAUGAAGCAAAUGCAGAAAAAGAGGAUGAAGAAGCUAGAAGGAAGCGAGAAAAAGAAGACAAGAUGGGAUGGUUCGGACCUAGUGUGUCCAAAAGUGAAGGCGGUGUAGGCAAAUAUUUGAACACAGUAAAAAAAAGAAAAGAACCUGUGGAAAGUGAAUUAGAGUCAACAAAAAAAGUUAAAAAGACAUAUGGCAAUUUUGAUAAUUUUUAAUAAAUUAUUUGUGUACUUACAUGGA